UAAGAGGUUUAUAGAGUCCUGUUCUCUGUCCUUCCUGAAGUCCCAUACUGUACUGUACAGGGCCAGACUGGAGAGACUGAUCGCAGCCAGGACGCAGCUCCUCACGCAACAUUGCAACAUCUUCUCUACUCUUUUCUUCUGUCUCUUGGUUCUCUGAGGGACACAGAGCCAGGGAGUUGGACAGGGACUGCAGCUCUCUCAGUCCCCUAGCAACCUACCUUCUCUACAGGUGAACCUCAGGACCUCUGCAUCCAUCAGCUCUCCAGAACCCGACCUAAUCCAGCAGAACUACCCCAUCUCACCCAAAAGGGUGACAGCAGAGUCAGCCAGAGAAAACAGGCUCUACUCUACCUCUACAGGUCAUUGAUCUCAGCCCAGCUUUCUGGUAACCAGUACUCAUCCCUCAGAAGGCUCCAUCGACCAUCCCUCUUCUCAGCCCAGCGCCACCUCUCAGAUAUGGGGAACCACGGCUCUAACCUGGAUGAUAUCCUGGCAGAGGAUAUGCACCACUGGUACAACAAGUUUAUGAAGGAGUCUCCGUCAGGACUCAUCACACUGUUCGAACUCAAGGGCAUGCUGGGUCUGCGGGGGAUGAACGAGAACGCUACCAGCUACGUGGACCAAGUCUUCUUCACCUUCGACAUGGACGGGGACGGGUACAUAGAUUUUGUAGAGUACAUCGCAGCCAUCAGUCUGAUGCUGAAGGGAGAAAUCAACCAGAAACUCAAGUGGUACUUCAAAUUGUUUGACCAGGACGGCAACGGGAAAAUCGACAAGGAUGAGUUGGAGACAAUAUUCACGGCAAUCCAGGACAUCACUAGGAACCAGGAUGUCACCCCAGAGGAGAUUGUGUCGCUCAUAUUCAAGAAGAUCGACAUCAACGGAGAGGGUGAGCUGACCCUAGAGGAGUUCAUUGAGGGGGCGAAGGGUCAUGACGACAUCAUGGAGAUGCUGAAGAAGAUGAUGGACCUCACGCCCGUACUCAUCAUCAUCGUCCAAGGAAUAGUAGUCUGAGAGAGGCCUGGCCAACCACUGCCAGAGCCACUAUGUACACCUGCGCCCGGGGAGAUAGAUGACAGAAAGACUUAAGUCCAUUAAAAACAUUUAUCCCACAAACUAAUAAUUGUGAGAUUUUCCGCACAAUGAACCCGAGGGAAUGCGUUACCUUAUGAAACAAAACUGUUGUUCCACAAUGAGGCUUCUAUGUCACACUGCCAGGUCUGGGGGUGGAGACAAUAUAGUCCGUACAUAGUGGAUCCUAGGAAGAGAAGCAGCUAACAGGGUUCCGAAUAACUAAUUAAUAAAUAGUCCCAGACUGCUGAAGACUGAGGCAUCCAGUCCUAUACUGCAGCCCACUAACCACCCACAGAUGACGGGAUGGAUGAAGGGAGGAAGACAUUGAGAGACCCUUUUUCAACACCAUCACAACAAAUAAACGGAAUGAAAGAGAACAUUUAAAGGGACAGCUAUGGAGAGCGGUAAAGAUACCAUCUUCACAUUCUACCUGUUUGUGUUUGCUCUCUGACCACUCAGCAAGAUGAAGACUUGGAUUCUGAGAGAGAGAGAAUUCUCUAUCAUAAAUCAUCACUAUAGGGCCAGGAGUUUUCCUGACCAUUUGACAAGGAGAUGCUUUGGGCUUUAAUUAUAGGCUAUGUUCAGGAGUCAGGUCACAUGGUCAGGUAAAGGUCUUGUGUCGAAUCAUCUCCUCUGUAGGUAUGACCAUAAACGGGCACAGAUAGAGACCCUAGGGGUUCUGAUGUGCCUGCCCCUUUUCCCUCCUUUCAAUUGGUGGAAUUACUUUGUUCUUUUUUUCCAGCCCUAUCCCCCUCUUGAGACACCAGGAGAGCCGAGAGCGUCAUGUUGCCAUUUUUAAAGUCACGCACCCUCCCCCCGUCCUUGACCUUUCCUUAAUAAGUCUAUAUAACACAGAAUCUUAUUAUCACAAACAGAAUUUGUGUUAUAAGAGGUUUUAAGAGGUCAUUUCUUGUCCCUGCCCCUCAUUCACCACCAGUCAUUCACACUCCGUCAGCCUGCCCAGCUGAUGGCCCAUCGAAACUGCACCUAAACUAUAUCGAAACUAAUUUCACACAUAUAAUAAUAGAAUUAGCCUAAAGACAAGAUUACAUUGACAAUAGUCUGAUGGGUGACAAUAUUAUCAAUUGUCAAAUUGUAUAUGAAGAGAUGGGCGCAUCUUGGAAUUGACACAGAGGCAGGGAGCGCUAAAAAGUCCCUUUUUCAAACCCUUCUGCAGAGUUACAUGCAUGUAAGAUGUUUUGAUGUCUAUGUAGUAUUAGAAAGAGCAGAUUCUGCAGUUUCUUAUACUAUUACCUUUGUCAAAUAAUGCUGCAAAUUUACUGUACAUACACAGUUUAUUAGGUACACCCAUCUAGUACUGGGUCGGGACCCGCCUUUGACUUCAGAAUAGCCUGAAUUCUUCGGGGAAUGAACUCCUCAAUUGUCCGGCGUUGGUGAUUGCGUGCCCACUGGAGACACUUCUUCUUGCUGGUAGGAAUGGAACCCGGUGUGGUCGUCUGCUGCAAUAGCCCAUCUGUGACGACCGACGAGUUGUGCAUUAGCCUACAAUGUGUGAUGUUGUUUUGUUGAAAAUGAAGGCCUAUGCAAAACAAUCAAUAAUGGUGAAUUUGGCAAAAGGAGAAGUAGAACACUUUGAAUUCAAAACCUGCUCCAUCAAAGGUCUGUGCACGACCCUGAUCACAAAUCAUGAAUCUCUAUUAUCAAUCUAGCCCCGUCUUUCAGGUCUUCGGUCUGUUAAGUUUGCUCGGUGCACACACACGUCUCUAUCAUAUCUAUCUCUAUCACUAUCUACUAAUCAUUGUAGUCAUCAUUGGGCUAGCUAGCAACAUGACUGAAGUAAAACAUCAGAAGUAGGCUUUCAAGAUCAUAUCAUGAUUUUCCAAACAUUUUGGAGGCAAAGUAGUCUUACUACAGUGUAUGAUUUACAUAUGAUGUGAAAGGUGUGACUACAGUGUGACUCUGUAGUUCAUUACUUCCUGUAUGUUUCUCAGUUAUCUGUAAUACCGUUUCCAGAGCCACUGUGGAAGGAACCAAGAAUUCCUUUCAUGACAAUUUCACAACAAUUUCAUUAUGGGAAUUCAAAUGAAUGCUGUAAGUAUUGUUUAAUUUGUCUUAAAUAUCAAAUCAAAUCAAAUGUAUUUAUAUAGCCCUUCGUACAUCAGCUGAUAUCUCAAAGUGCUGUACAGAAACCCAGCCUAAAACCCCAAACAGCAAGCAAUGCAGGUUUAGAAGCACA